UUUGCGCUUUUUUGGCCAAAGGAAUGAGAGUUCCUCUCCCUGGGUAAAAGCCUCUCCAGACUGAUCCCUGAAAGCAUCGUGCGUAGAUGCCUGCUGGUUGCCAUGGUGAAUGAUGCUGAUGUGAAGAAAUGAAUAAUGCGAGCACUGGGGGCGACAGUGGGAUUACUCAGUGGUGAGAGAGGCAUCAAGGAGAGCCCAGAGCAGAGGAAGCCACCAUUCUUUCAGCUUUGGUCCACUCUGUCCCAGAAGGUAGAGCUCUAACCAGACAGACUGCGAGCAUCAGAAUCGGGAUGAACAUCGAGGUUGGGAACAUUUCUUACACGGGAGCCAUCAUCUCCUGGUCGUCCUCAGAGCCCUGCCUGGAGGACUAUUACCAUAUUAUGUACAGGCCCAACUGGAACAGCAUCUUCUCUGGCUAUCUUCGCUACAGCUUCCACCACGAGGAGAAGGUGCCUCGAACCAUCAGCUCCGUGGUGCUGGAACACCUCGCCCCUUCCACUCUCUACUUCCUCUGCAUCAGCUGUAAGAAGGGUGCCUUCCCCUAUAGGCACUACUGCACCAUGUUCCACACGCUGGAUAAGAGCCCACUGGCGGCCGGAAGCUCCCUGGUAGACCCCCAAAUCUCUCUUUGGGUGCUGAUGGCCAUUCUGCUGGCCUGCUUCACUGCUGUCCUGGCCUUUAUCUGCCUGCAGUUCUGGUGCAUCCGUUGUCAUGAGCCUCGAUGGUCAUACAGAGCUGGCCACAUGGAGGAAGCUAAUGGGCUGGUAAGAUGGCCGGAGGAGGCCCUUGCUCUUGGUCAGAGAGAGGAAGACCUGCAAGGGCUCCCCCUGGUGGAGCUGCGACGCAAGGACUCUGGGGCCGCAGCUGAAUCCGAAGCUGAAGCCCAGCAGAAUGCAGCCGAUGUGGGAGCCUUACCCACGGAGGGUAGCGGGCAACCUGCCAUCCCGGCUCAUUGCAAGGAGUGAGAAGAGGAGACAGCCCCCAUCAUGUGCCCAAAGCCCCCCAAGGAGAUCUGUAAAAAUGUACAGACUGCCCAUUUCUCUUCCUUUAAAUGUGAGUGCUAUUGUGAUCCCUGGUGUUGGAUAAAAGUCUCAUCAUGAAGCUUCUCAAACUAGAAAGCAAACCCCCCAGGGCUGCCGCAGGUCAAGCAUGGCUUCGCUUCACCCGUGUCCAUCUCGGGGUUAAGAAUUGCAGGCCCUACUUUAACAUUCAACCAAGCGCGGACACAUCAUAGAGUAGAAAGCAAACAUUUGCAUGACUUAAAUAAAGCACAGUAUUUGAAGGAAAUGUGUGGGCUGUAGAUUUAAGGUUAGGGAUCAGACAGUCUCUGAGAUUUGCCUUCUGUCAUUCUUUGGAGAGCAUGAGGAGCCUUACACCAGAGUGUUUUCCAACUUUCAGACAAUCACAUUUUACAUUACAUCCUAUUUUUUUUUUAAACCAUGGGCUUUUAUUAACAAUACUACUACUAAUAAUAAUACUUUCUCUUUAAAUUUGUUCAUUAUUAACUUUAAAUAUAUUUUAAAAUAUAGCCAUAUAUUACUCCCGUGAGGCCCAAGGGAUAAGGAUUCAUCUGGGUUCAUUGCACUUUUAGGUUUGGAGCGGAGAAAAUUUUCUGUCACAUUGUUGUAUUCACCUCGUCAGUUCCUCUCCUAAGUCCAACUCCGCUCACUUGUUGAAAACAGGGUCAAAUGUGGCUAUUUUUAUUCCAGCAGAAAGAAAAAUGCUGCCCUCUUUUUUGCUGGGUGACAUAUUUUACUCUCUGAGUGGCAUCCUUUAGUCCUCUCACACAACCCUGCGGUCAGAAACGAAUCUCUUGCACGUGGUGUGGCUCUGGUGGAACUCUGUGCUCACCGCUGCCCCGGCCCUGACAGUGGUGCAGGACAAAAUCCAGCAGGGGAGAGACUGUCUGAGCCCUGUGUGCCUCCAGCACUUUCAAUCUAGCCUGGGCCUGGCCUACAGCAGGUGCAUAUUCAACAUCCAAGGGGUGGAAAGAAGGCCUAGGACAGGCGCCUCUGGAGAGGGCCAGCGUCAGGCUGCACCAUGUGUCAACAAAAGCAGCACCGAGAUGGGACCGGAAGUGGCCCUUGGCUCUAGCACCAACCAUCUGCAAUCUCCGUCAAGUUCCACCUGUCCAACUUCUUCCUCUGCAAGUCCUUCGUAUUCACUCGCACAAAAUCCCGGAGUCACUGACCGACAUGCCGUGAAUCAAUUGAGAAACAAGAGGAGCCGGGGAGCCAAGACGAGAAGCCGCACGACGUGGUUCCCCACACACCCCGGGGCAGUGCUCACCUCAGUGUCCACCCAGCGUCCAGCCCCCAGGCCCAUGUCCGCCCCACCCCUGCUAGCUGUGAACAAAUAAAGAUGCACAGAGUUCACUCGCAGUUGGUGACGCCUGAAUCUCACGGCCGCCUCUCCAUCGCGACACCGUCCACCUUUCCCGAUUCCGGGACUGCUCUUCCGUGUGCUUUUUCUCACUGGCCCUCUCACAG